CCUCCGUGGCUAGUUUUUCCCUGCUGGCACCUCUGAAAGGACCGAAGACAUGGGCACCACCUGGGUGAGCCCCGGAUGGGUGCGGCUUGCGCUCUGUUUUGCAGGCUUAGCGCUCUCUCUCUAUGCGCUCCACGUGAAGGCGGCGCGCGCCCGGGACAAGGAUUACCGCGCGCUCUGCGACGUAGGCACCGCCAUCAGCUGUUCGCGCGUCUUCUCCUCCAGGUGGGGCCGGGGCUUUGGGCUGGUGGAACAUGUGCUGGGACGGGACAGUGUCCUCAAUCAAUCCAACAGUAUAUUCGGUUGCAUCUUCUACACUCUACAGCUGGUGUUAGGUGGCCUUCGGGGACGUUGGUCCUCUAUCCUGCUGGUGCUGAGUUCCUUGGUGUCAGUCGCUGGUUCUGUCUACCUGGCCUGGAUCUUGUUUUUCGUGCUGUAUGAUUUCUGCAUCGUUUGCAUCACCACCUAUGCCAUCAACGUGGGCUUGAUGUUACUUAGUUUCCGGGAGGCCCAGGAACCCCAGGGCAAGAUCAAGGGGCACUGAGCCCUCACCCCAAGCCAGGCUGACCUCAUCUGCUUUGCUUUGGCAUAUGAGCUUUGCCCAAGGGGGCCAUAUCUGGGUCCUGGAAGACCCUCCAUCCUUCCCACCACCAUCCCAUACCCAUAUACAAUGGACAAAAUGUGCCACAUUCUGCUCCACCCAGUGCCUCUGGCUCUGUCUCCAAGGGCUGAUUUCUGAAGCACCUGCCAUUGCCCAAGAAGGGAAAUUUCUGAGCAAUAAAAUUUUUGAAAUAAA